AUGUCUAAAGUUGAAAAUUAUCGAGGUGUUUCACUGUUAGACACAAGUUAUAAGAUACUAUCCCUCUCAGUGAUAAAACGACUAGAAAUAUUCGCUAAAGACAUAAUUGGAGAAUACCAGUGUGGAUUUAUAAAAGGGAAGUCAACAACAGACCCGAUCUUUACUAUCCGGAAAAUAAUGGAGAAGAAUUAUGAACAUGAUAAGGACCUUUUCAUGUUGUUUAUAGACUUCAGACAAGCUUAUGAUAGUAUCAACAGACAACAACUAUGGACAGCGCUGAGGAAUUUUGAAAUCCCAGUAAAGCUAGUCAGAUUGAUAGAAAUAUGCAAUUCAAACACAUACCUUAAAUUACGGUACUAAGGGGAGCUGUCACAAAAAUUUGAAGUCCAAUCUGGAUUAAAGCAGGGUGAUACAAUGUCUCCUAUACUAUUUAAUUUAGCACUUGAAAAAGUUAUUAGAGAUAUAUCAGUAAAUCAUGAAAUGGAGCUGAAAGGCAAAAAUGUAAUGCUAGCGUACGCUGACGACAUUGUUAUUAUAGGUGAUACAGAAAACGAUGUAGUUGAGGCUACAGAGAAAGUAACAGAGUCCAGCCACAGAAUGAACCUAACUAUCAAUAAGGAAAAAAACCAAAUACCUGAUAAUGUCUAGACGUUCAGUAAAUAAAACAGCACUAAAAGUGGGCCCUUACUCCUGUGAACAAGUGGAUGAGUUUAAAUACCUUGGAGUAAACGUAAUCACAAAAAAUAAUAUGCAUAGUGGGAACCAAUUGAGAAUAAAUAGUGUGAAUAAAGCGUAUUUUGCCAUGAAUAAGAUGCUAAGCUCUAAACUUUUGUCCAAAGAAACAAAAGAGAAACUGCAUACUUCUUUUCUACGUCCCAUAGUAAUGUAUACAUGUGAGACAUGGUCUACGACACAAGGAGACGAAGAAAAAUUACUUACCUCCGAAAGGAAAUUCACGGACCUGUUUGACUUAAAAAUGGAGAAUAUGAGAAAGAAAAAUAAAGAUCUGGAAAUGUUAUUUAACAAGCCGAAUAUAAGAUUAUUCUUGAAGGCAAAGCGCUUGGAAUGGGCUGGCCACGUCUGGCGAGCUGACGAAAAUAUUAUAAAAAAUGUCUUAAUCAGAAAUGUAACAAAAACGCGGCCAAGAGGAAGACCUCGCCAGAGAUGGUUAGACAGGGUAAAAAAGUAUAUUUUAAAUACUGACAAUUCAAAACGACAAGAUGACGCAAUGGACCGGAAUGGAUGGAGAAACUUGGUGGAAGCAUGCAAAAGGCCUUAA